UUCAGUUCCAUUCUAACCUUAAAUUAUAAACAUGUUAUAAACAUGCGAAGAAUGCGAAUGGUGUGAAAAGUUUUAUUUACUUUAUAAAACUAUUUACACCCCAAAAUUUAUACAUAAGGAAAUAAAAAUGGGUGAAUACUCGGGUGCAACAUCGGAUACAAACGUAAUUGGUGCUCUUUUCGGCGAUUCACAAGACUAUAACAAACCAAUCAAAGAAAUUGAGGAAAAAUGGAAACUAGUACCAGCUUUCCUCAAAGUAAAAGGUUUAGUCAAACAACACAUAGACUCAUUUAACUACUUCAUCAAUGUAGAAAUCAAGAAAAUAGUGGAAGCAAAUGAUAAAGUUACAUGUGAUGCAGAUCCAUUAUUUUACAUCAAGUACACCAAUGUUUAUGUUGGGACACCUGAUGUUGAUGAGGGUUUCAACAUUACAAAACCAACAACUCCACAUGAGUGCAGACUGAGAGAUAUGACUUAUUCAGCUCCUAUUACAGUUGAUAUUGAAUACACUAGGGGAAAUCAGAGAGUUUCUAGAAGUGGAUUACUAAUAGGCAGAAUGCCUAUAAUGCUGAGAUCUUCAAACUGUGUUCUUGACAACAAAUCUGAGUAUGAAUUAGCUAAGAUGAAUGAAUGUCCAUUGGAUCCAGGAGGAUAUUUUGUUGUCAAAGGACAGGAAAAAGUUAUUUUGAUUCAAGAACAGCUCUCAAAGAAUAGGAUUAUUGUUGAGGAGGGAAAGUAUGGCAUUCAGUGCCAAGUUACAAGUUCAACUCAUGAGAAGAAGACAAGAACACUUGUGUUUGGCAAGGGGAAUAAAUAUUAUAUGGGACAUAAUACUUUUACAGAUCCUAUUCCAAUUUCAAUUGUUUUCAAAGCAAUGGGCAUAACAAGCGAUCAAGAAAUCUGCCAAAUCAUCGGUGUCCCUGACGUGCGAAAAAUCACACCGACACUUGAAGAAUGCCACGUUCAUCGAGUCUACUCACAAGAAGCCGCGUUGAAAUAUUUAGCAUCGAAGAUUGUCGUCAAACGAUAUGUAACUUCAGCAAGUAAAGUAAAAACACCAGUGGAUGAAGCUAGAGAAUUACUAGCAACGACUGUUUUGGCACACGUGCCUGUUUCGGAGUUUAAUUUCAAAUGCAAGGCUAUUUAUCUUGCAUUAAUGCUAAAGCGAGUAAUAGAAGCACAAACAGAUAGGACUCUGCUUGAUGACAAAGAUUACUACGGUAAUAAACGUUUGGAACUUGCAGGAUGGCUGCUUGCGCUGAUGUUUGAAGAUGUCUUCAAACGAUUCAACUUUGAUCUGAAGGCGAUUGCGGAGAAGACGAUUCCGAAGAUUCGCGCGACGCAAUUUGAUGUUAUCAAAUACAUGCGAUCAGAACUUAUUACCAAUUGUUUGGUUUUUGCUAUUUCAACUGGAAAUUGGACCAUCAAACGUUUCAGAAUGGAACGACAAGGCGUAACGCAAGUUCUCUCACGUUUAAGUUACAUCUCUGCUUUGGGGAUGAUGACUCGCGUCAAUUCUCAGUUUGAGAAAACUAGGAAAGUGUCAGGUCCACGAUCUUUACAGCCCAGUCAAUGGGGGAUGCUUUGCCCAAGUGAUACACCUGAAGGUGAAGCUUGCGGUCUUGUCAAAAAUUUAGCAUUAAUGACUCAUAUAACAACUGAAGGCGAUGAAUAUCCACUUAUCCGCCUAGCGAACAACACCGGCGUUCUCGAUAUAAAUACAGUCGGAGGCGAAUUCAUAAACAACCCAAAAGUAUACCUCGUAUUUCUCAAUGGUAACAUCAUCGGUGUAAUCAAAAACUACCGCCAUCUUAUCGAUAUGUUCAGACUAAUGCGACGCAAUGGAUUAAUAUCCGGCUAUGUUUCAAUCUAUCCUAAUCAUCUACAUCGCUGCGUUUAUAUAAGUAGCGAUGGCGGCAGACUUUGCAGACCUUACAUUAUAGUCGUAAAAGGUCAACCGUUGGUGAAACAAAGUCACAUCAAAGAAUUAGAACAAGGCAUUCGAAACUUUGAAGAUUUCCUACACGACGGCCUCAUUGAAUUUCUUGAUGUAAAUGAAGAAAACGACAGUUUUAUCGCCUGCUACGAGUCGGAUAUAGACCCACAAACCACCCACCUUGAAAUCGCGACGUUUACACUCCUAGGUGUAUGCGCUGGACUUGUCCCCUACCCGCAUCACAAUCAAUCACCUAGGAAUACUUAUCAAUGUGCUAUGGGUAAGCAAGCGAUGGGAACCAUUGGUUACAAUCAAAAGAAUCGCAUGGAUACUUUACUUUAUAAUUUAGUAUAUCCGCAAGCACCAAUGGUGAAAACUAAAACCAUUGAACUGACUAAUUUUGAUAAACUCCCAGCUGGACAAAACGCUACUAUUGCUGUGAUGAGUUACAGCGGUUAUGAUAUUGAAGACGCGUUGAUUGUGAACAAAGCUUCUUUGGAUCGUGGUUUUGGACGUUGCUUAGUCUACAAAAACACUAAGUGUAUCAUGAAACGCUAUGCGAAUCAAACUUUUGAUAGAAUUCAAGGUCCACUCAUUGAUACCACGAAUAACAAACCAAUUUGGAAACAUAAAGUGCUUGAUUCCGACGGGAUUGUUGCACCGGGUGAACUUGUCGAGAAUCGACAGGUAUUGAUUAAUAAAUCUGUGCCGACUGUACCUUCGGUACCUACUCCUGGAACGGCGGCGAGUAAUGCUACUUAUAGAGAAGUUCCUAUUUCUUACAAAAAUCCAGAGUCGAGUUAUGUGGAGAAAGUUAUGGUUUCCACAAAUGAAGAGGAUUCUGGUUUGAUUAAAAUUCUGUUGAGGCAGACGCGAAGACCUGAGAUUGGAGAUAAGUUCAGUUCUCGUCAUGGACAGAAAGGUGUGGUAGGGUUAGUGGUGGAGCAGGAAGACAUGCCGUUUAAUGAUUAUGGUAUAUGUCCUGAUAUUAUUAUGAACCCGCAUGGUUAUCCGUCUCGGAUGACAGUUGGGAAGUUGAUUGAGUUGCUCUCUGGUAAAGCUGGUUUGGUUGAGGGUAAAUUUCAUUAUGGGACUGCGUUUGGAGGGUCGAAAGUGGCUGAUGUGAGUGAAGAAUUAGUUAAACACGGGUUUAAUUACCAAGGGAAGGAUUUUUUCACUUCGGGGAUUACAGGAGAACCUUUAGAAGCAUAUAUUUAUUCAGGACCUGUAUACUAUCAGAAGUUGAAGCAUAUGGUACAAGAUAAAAUGCAUGCCAGGGCACGAGGACCAAGAGCGGUGCUAACCCGCCAGCCAACUGAAGGUAGAAGUCGUGAUGGUGGCCUGCGUUUGGGUGAGAUGGAGCGGGAUUGUUUGAUUGGCUAUGGUGCUAGCAUGAUGUUGGUGGAGAGAUUGAUGGUAUCCAGUGACCAGUGCGAAGUGGACGUUUGUAAUCAAUGCGGGCGAUUGGGAUACUGCGGCUGGUGUAACAGUUGCAAGAGUUCUGGUCAAGUGUCUACUAUUACAAUGCCGUACGCUUGUAAACUUUUGUUGACUGAGUUGCAGGCAAUGAAUAUCACAGCCCGGUUGACUUUGAAUCAUUAUUGUCAAUAGACUUGAUUAGGUAUAUCAUGUUAUGUUUUUAUAAAUGAAAAUCAUUUCCCACA